CGUAAAACCCACCUUCUUCACACACCAUUUCUCUCUGCUAUAAAUAGAAUUCUGCUUCUUCUGAUGCGCUCUCCUUGCAGGCUCUCUGUUGAUUUCUUCGCUUGGAGGAUACCCUCAAAGGUGUUCUGCAGUGGAAGUUGAGCUGAUUUUGAAGAUGAAUUAUUAUAAUCUUCAGCAGAAUGCCUUGUCAUCCUGUGAGGAGAUGAGAAGCACUCUCCCCAUUGCUGAUCAGAAUGGCCCUGUCGUUUGCCCUAAGCCACGCCGAGUUGGGGCUUUAAUGAACAUGCCUGUGCAGCCAUUAAGAUUAAAUUUGAGUCAACUAUCUGAGGAAUCUGAGUCAAAAGCUGGGGCAGAGCUACUUGACAUUAUUCACAACAGGGAGAGUUCUGGAGAAGAGUUUGCAAAUCAGAUUGCUUCAUCUCCAUACUUCAUUGGGUCUCCUCCAGCUAGAGCCACAAAUCCCUUGACCCAAGAUGCGCGCUUUGGAGAGGAAGAGCGCCUUCUUAUACCAACAUUCUCUCCACCUUCAGGUUUACUGUCUCCAUCUUCACUAUCUUGCAAAGGAGGAUGUGCUAGGAUGAAGUUUGGACAUAAACCAGCUGCAGUUAGAGUAGAAGGAUUUGAUUGUCUCAGCAGGGAUCGCCAGAAUUCCGGCAUCACUGCUGUUGCUUAAAAAAACUCCAUUCAUCGAAGUGUACAUAGAAGGAGCCAGGUGCCACUACUUACACAUGACUUAACUAGAGAGAAUUUUGAAUGUUUCGGAGGGAAGUAACAUAUUCAGUUAGUUGUGUAAAUAGCAGUUGUUUUGUUUUUCGCAUGGUGAUCAUCUCAUUUUGUCUGUCUUCGUGACAAAUCUAGGGAGUUGCAGAAAAAGUAAACCUUGUUCUUGAGAAGGUUUGACAUGUAAAGAGCUCGUUUUUGUGUAAUAUAAUGCGGAUGUUUGAGUGUCUUAAAAUAUUUUAGGUGAUCACCACAAGAAUGUUCUGUAUAGAAUUGGUGAUUUUGGUUAUUGUCCCUGUAAAUAUAUUUCCGUUACUUUGAGAGUCUAUUUAUUAGACUUGUUUAUCUGAUCCUAAAUGCAAGGUUUUGUGUUCACUUUA